GCCGCGCGCGCCCCGAUGAGCGGCGCGGGGGGCCUGGCGUGGCGCGCGCUGCACGCCCUGCUGCGCGCCCUGCUCUGCCUGCAGCGCGCCCUGCUCGCCGCGCCGCGCGCCGCCGCCGCCGUCAUCGCCGCCUCCUGCGCCCUGCUCGCCCCCGCCGCGCUCGCCCUGCGGCCGGCCGGCCCCGCGCCGCGACGGGAAUGCGGCGGCGGCGGCGGGGGGAGGAGGAGGGGGCCCCGCGGAGCGGCGCUGAGCCGGCAGCGCUGGCGGCCCGACGGGAGGGCGCUGCGCAAGCUGCCGGUGCACGUGGGGCUGGUGGUGACCGAGGAGGAGCCGAGCUACGCGGACAUGGCCAGCCUGGUGGUGUGGUGCAUGGCGGUGGGCAUCUCCUACGUCAGCGUCUACGACCAUAACGGUAUUUUCAAGAGGAAUAAUUCAAGACUGAUGGAUGAAAUUUUAAAACAGCAGCAGGAACUCUUAGGACUAGAUUGUUCCAAAUACACCAUGGAAUUUGCAAAUCAAGAGAAAGCUGAUCAAGUUUUAAAUUGCCAAUCUACAUUGAAGGUGCUGUCUCCAGAAGAUGGAAAAGCAGACAUAAUAAAAGCUGCUCAGAACUUUUGUCAGUUGGUAGCACAGCAGCAAAGAACAUAUACAGACCUGGACGUGAAUGAGUUAAACAACUUGUUAAGUAGUACAAAUGGAUUUCCAGAUCCUGAUUUAGUCUUGAAGUUUGGUCCUGUGGACAGCACAUUAGGGUUCCUUCCAUGGCACAUCAGACUGACAGAGAUCAUUUCUUUGCCUUCCCACCAGAACAUCAGCUAUGAAGACUUUUUCUCUGCCCUCCAUCGCUAUGCAGCCUGUGAGCAACGCUGGGGAAAGUGACUUUUGGCUGAGCACACUGAGUCAUGCUUUCCACAGAAAGGGAUUGAUGUCUGUUUACAAGCACCUGUGACCCAUAAGUCUGGUUCAUAGUCCUUUCUUAAUUUAUCAACAAAUUCAAUAAAGUGUCUUACCUUUC